AUGGCCCAUGCAAGCCCUCUUCCUGUCUCAUCAACGCCAACGGAAUCUUGCGAGGCCACUUCUCCCUAUCCCUUCAAGCCGUACAGUCUAACUUCCCUUGAUCAGACCAUCCCUUCUUCACAUCAUUAUACAUCGCUUCUGUUCUCCUUGCCUCCGGACCAUGUCCCCCAUGCUUUAAAUCGCCUCGAAGGCGCCGUUCUUCGUCUUAUUUCGCAUUACCCUUUCUUGACUGGGAAUGUGACCUCUUCUCUACCGUCCAACGCCAGUUCUACCCUUAAUAACAGCGAUAAUGCGUUUGAAGUCCAACCCGUCACGGCCUCGCUCAUGCAGCAUAUUCCCAUGCUCCAAACACAACAUCAUUCGGCAACCAGCACUUUCCCGCCAUCUAACCACGCCAACCAUACUUUCCUACCGUUUCCUCAAUUUUCGCUUCCGACUGAGCCGUCUCCUUCACUUCGAUGCAAAGCCAAUGUCGUCGGCACCAAGCUCAUGCUUGUCUUCGGCUGGGACACGCGCGUCAUGGACCCCGGUGCAGUCUUUGCAGUUGUGCGGGCGCUGGCAGAAUUUUGUCGCGACCCGAUGGCAGCGAGAGAGGAACUGCCUGUGUCCGACCCAUGGUCAGAAGCACAAGGACAGGGGAAAAGGGCGUGCGAUGAUGUGUUCAGCGGUCUUGGACUUUCCUCAGCCGUGCACAUUCGUCAGGGGAGUACAGGCCCGCGAACCUGGAUGGGUAUGACGCCGAUCGAGCAGGUCUCGUCGAUGUCAGAGACUCGCACGGCGCGGUUGAACGGAGACAAGAUCGCGAUGCUCACUGACGCGUGUAAUUUGCUUGUUCGGCGGGUCGGGGGUGGUGCUCUUCCUGGGCGGCUAUAUCAGGAGGAUGUGGUCUCCGCCGUGCUGGGGGUGGUUGGAUCGAGAGCCAGGGGGCAUCGUGACGAUUCUUACUCUAGAUCUGAGACGGCCUAUGCCGAUGAGGAUGAAGGAACAAUCUCCGUGGCCACCGAUUUGCGACAUCUCUCUCCGCUGCCGAGCUCGACGACAUACAUGGGGAAUGCGACCGUGUCGAUCCCUGUUCCUACUCGGCCGAAUAACCUUCCCGUGCUUGUAGGUUCACAAAUGAGGUCCCUUCUGCCGGAUAUCUCGCCGCGGGAUCUCUAUCGAAUCUGCAAUGUGGCUGUUUCUCUUCGCGGGGGGAUUAGUGCGUUAGACAAGGGCAGGGAGUUAAACACGAGUUUGAAUACAAACGAGAAAGCUGGCACGGGAAAUAGCAUGCAAAUCCACUCUCUGCGACCGUUGGACUUUUACAUGGAUUUUGGACCAUUGGGACGGGUGCGUGAUGUCAAAGCUCCCGGUUCUAGGGAGAAUGGGACAUGCUGGAUUCUUCCUGAGCAUGAAACUGGCGGCUGGGAUGUGGCGGUUACGGUAGAGCAAAAAGCCAUGGAGAAGCUGAGCGCAGAUAGAUUAGUGAGGUGGGUUGUUGGUGGGGGCUUUUGA